ACACACAUACACACACACACACACACACAUACAGCGUACACACAUACACCCACACACUCACCCAUGCACACACGCAUACUGCGGACACACAUACACCCACACAUUCACCCACGCACACAGACCCACAUUCACACUCACUCUUUCUGCUACCAGGAGUUUCUCUCAUUCACCUCCAAAAACCCAGGGCGGCUGUCCCCAUCUCACUCGCUCACUCGUCUCUCUCCUUCCUUCCUUCAUUCUUUCCUUCCUUCCCGUGUCUUGUUUUUUCUUCCCUCCCUUCUUUCCAUCUCUCCUUUCCAACCACUGCACUUUCACACUCUGCCUUACACACUUCUGGGCUCAUCUCUCCCUCCCUACAUCAUACAGUUGUAGUAGUAGUACUAGCCAUGGCGGACCACAACAUCAACGAGGAGAAAUACAUAUACAAGGACAGCCACACCAAGGAGAUCGACCUAAUCAACCGAGACCCCAAGCAGAUCAACGAGGACGUUGUGAAGGUGGACUUUGAGGACGUGAUCGCGGAGCCCGACGGCACGCACAGCUUGGACGGCGUGUGGAAGGCCAGCUACACCACCUUCACCGUCUCCAAGUACUGGUGCUACCGCAUCCUGUCGGCUAUCUUCGGCGUUCCCGUGGCGCUGAUCUGGGGCUUCCUGUUCGCCUGCAUCUCCUUCUGCCACAUCUGGGCCGUCAUGCCAUGCAUCAAGAGCUACCUGAUCGAGACGCAGUGCCUCAGUCGCAUGUACUCCCUCUGCAUCCACACCUUCUGCGACCCGCUCUUCGAGGCCCUGGGGAAGAUCUUCAGCAGCGUGCGUGUGGUGCUUCGCAAGGAGGUGUAGCCGGCCUACAGUAGCCAGCUGGGUGGGUGGGUGGUGGUUGGUUAGUUACUGGGUGGUGUUGUUGGGGCUAUAGGAGCAAGCAGCAGUGUUUACAAUGUUUGUUUUGUUGUUUGUUUGUUUGUUUAUUUCUGGGGGUUUUCUGGCAUAAAAUGGCAGAUCAUCUCACCUUUCCUGCUUUGUCUAUACAGUAGUAAGGGGCGCUGCUCGUAAUCUUGGGGCCCAUGACAAUCGUCCCGAAUCCCCUUCCUGGUGACACCCGUCUGUAGUUUGUCAGAUGGUCAAGUCAAUUUCAGAGAGUAAAAGUCCUGCCUAUUCACCUGUUGUCUGUGCUUCUGUGUAAGUGCUUCUACUAAUUAGUUCUCCUGUCUGCUUGAAGAAUUGUUAAGAAGGAUAAGCUGGUUCAGUGAAUUGGCUGGAAUAUACAUGAACAUACAUAUAUACUAUAUGACAGAGAUUUUACUUCCUGAACCUGUCAUGUCUGUCUGUGGUUCUGUUUGGGCCUUCUCUACCCCUGUAGGCCUAUACUCACUAAUCAAGAUCAUCUGUCGCUCUGUGUGAAGACGUUCUUGGUCAGUUAAACCAAGGGCAACUUUAAGCUCUGUGAGUGACAGACUCAUUAUGCCUGGAAGCCAAAAUGAGAGCAACGGAAAAUAAAUAAACUGAGAAAGAGAAAACAUAUGCCUCUACUGUAGUUGUUGAGGUGCUAGAACCUGCUGUGGUGUGAGUGUGAUUCUGUGAACGUCAAAAUGGAAAUCUGACUCCCAAAAUGCUGUUCAGUCGUCAAGUCCUGUCAAGCUUGGAAUUCUGAUAGCUUGAAGUGCACGAGGACUGUUCUGUUAUCGGUGCAGUGUCGGAUAUUGUGUGUUCUCACUUCUGAAUGGUAAACGUUUAGCUAUUAGUCACAUGUAACUGAGAAAUUUACAGUGUAAUGAUAAUGAUAACAGCGCAAUGUAUUUUAACACUAAGGCAGAAUCCUGUUUCUACCAUUCAAUUGGUUACCUUUUGUAUAUUUAAAUAAAUGUAUUCUAAAUAUG